CUCCUCACUGAUGGACACCUCAUACUAACAUACCUUCCUUUUUUGUUUUUUUUGUUUUUUUUGUUUUUCCUUUUCAUUUCAAGCCUUAGAGGGUCGAGACCUGAACCACAAGAUGCAUCACUCCCUGCUGCUGUGCCUGAGUUUGGGAGCUUUGGUCAAAUUUGCUGCUGGGAGUGACUGGUGCUAUAAUGGCUGUGAACACACACCAUCCGAGUGGCCACAGCUCCAUGGUUCUUACUGUGGAGGAAAACGGCAGUCUCCCAUUGACAUAGUCACCAGCCAUGUUCAGACGGACCCUAACCUGCUUAACUUUACCUUUGUCAACUUCUCCAAACAUGUCAUCAAAUCCAUCGAAAACAAUGGCCAUACAGUGAAAUGCACGUUGGAGGAAAAUAGAGUUGAAGUGAGUGGAGGUGGACUCACUGAUACGUAUUCCACCGUCCAGUUUCAUUUUCACUGGGGUGAUACAGAAUACCACCCAGGUUCGGAGCACAAGAUUGAUGGGCACAGAUAUCCAAUGGAGAUGCACAUUGUCAGUCUGAAGAAAGGUCUUACUGUGGAACAGGCCACGGCGGAUUCAGAGGGAAUUGCUGUUCUUGGAUUUUUCAUAAAUGCAACAGAAGAUGGAAAUAUGUCAGGGCCAUGGAACCUGCUCACCUCUCACCUGAUGAGCAACAAAGACACUGAGGGCACCACAAACUAUAACAUCUCUAUUAAUGACCUGAUUGGAAAUGUUGACCUCACAAAGUUCUAUCGGUACAUGGGCUCCCUGACCACGCCCUCCUGCAACGAAGCAGUCGCAUGGACGGUCUUUCAUGAGCCAAUCAACGUCAACAAAGAACUAAUCAAGAGGUUUCCCAUGGAGACGGGACUUGUCAAUGUUUUCCGGCCUGUACAAGAGCUCAAUGAGCGUCAAGUGUCUGCCUCCCCUGCAACUCCUCUCCCUCCCAGUCAUCCAUGGUGCUAUGAUGACCAUCACUGUGCGUACAAUUCGUCUCUCUGGCACCUGCUGCCUCAGUCCCACUGUGGUGGUGAACGGCAGUCACCCAUCAACAUUGUGACUAAGACGGCUGUGAUAGAUGAACACCUUGAUGCCUUCACCUAUACAAAGUUUGAUGACAAAAAUGCCAUCAAGUCCAUCACUAACUCAGGCCACUCAGUGAAAUGUGUACUGAAGGAGGAUACGGUGGAGGUGUCAGGGGGAGGUUUGGGUUACGUCUACUCCACCCUUCAGUUCCACUUUCAUUGGGGCGCUGUGUCACAUGAAUCUCAGGGCUCAGAGCACACGGUGGAUUCAAAGAGAUACCCAAUGGAGAUGCACAUAGUGAACAAGAGGAAGGAUUUAAAAUUGGAUAAGGCAUUAGAGACUCCUAAUGGCCUGGCAGUACUGGGAUUCUUUAUUGAGGCUGCGGAUACUACCAAAAGCAGCGGUGGCGGCAGCUCAGAGCAUCAAGAGACACAUCCCCCAUCAAGUUCAACGUCUGAUAUGGGAGCCUGGAAAAAACUGACCAAGUACCUCUCAGCUAUUCACAACAUCAGCUCAGAGGUCAGCGUCACAGAGGAGAUCUCCAUUGAUGACCUGCUCGGCAACGUGAACCGAGCUGCAUACUACCGCUACAACGGCUCCUUAACCACCCCUUCGUGUAACGAAGCAGUGGUUUGGACGGUCUUCAAAGAGUCUGUCAAGGUGGACCAAGACCUGAUGAUGCUGUUCCCGAUUCAGACAGGAUAUCACAACGUGUUUCGGCCUACGCAGUCUCUUCAUGACAGGACAAUCUUCAGCACCACAUCAGCAGCCAGUGCCCCAGGACCCAUCAUACUGUUUCUGUUGCUGGCAUGUCUCUGUGCCUUUCCACUUAAUUUGCGUCUGUGAAUCUGCCUAAUGAAGAAUAAUCAUUUAUUGCAUUAAUCAUCUGUUUUGCACUGCUCAGAUUAUUUCAAAAUGUGUUAGCAAAAGACAAUGUGGGGUUUUCCCUGAUGAUUUUGACAAUUUUUAAUAUGCAAUUAUGUAAUCUUAUAAUAAAGAAAUUGUAAAACCUUA